CUGUCUUAUGUGCUCAAUUACGACAGGCUCUCUACUACCUGAGCCAAAUGAGCAGCACAUCAGACACUUUCCGAAUUUCCGCUCAAGCAAGAUCACAUGUCUUAACAUAUGGAGACUUGCUAUCGCUUUCACAUAGAUCAUGGCUAAGUAUCGGGAUUCUGGAUUUCGCGAUUGAUGCAACAUGUACCAAGCAUGCAUUAGACAAGAACAUUGGUAUCUUCUUUGCCUCAGAUACCUAUUCAAUCCUAUAUUCACCAAGAGUUGGAACUACCUUUGCAGAUUGGAUGCGUCAAUCAUUUCUAUUUCUUAUGGACAGAAAGGUCACUAAGAUUGUAAUGGCGACAAACCUACUCAACUUACAUUGGGCUGUAAUAGCCCUCGACAGGAAGAAGCUAUCUGCAAGCUUGAAUGAUUCUAUGGAGAACUUUGCGCCUUUUGUAUUGGAAGACAUUUGUUACGACAUUCUACGCGCCUUACGACAGGUCCACGGAUCAGAAUGGACUAUACCGAUAUUCAAGUGGAAGGUUUCAAAAAUCACAAGCGAACAACAAUCAAGUCACUACGAUUGCGGAGUAUAUGCCAUACACAACGUCUUUAUGUCUACAAAGCCAGAUGACAUAGUAGCAUACGAAUCUCCACUUUGUGGAAUAAGACAUCGGGUUAUGUUGGUCAAUUUUGCCAUUCCUCAUAUCUUUGACCAGGCACUGAAGAUGGGCGUAUCACCAGCAGAGGAUAAGACUAUUACCUCUUUCCUGACUGCGCAUGUAUCUGUUAAGGCGUAUCCAACUACUAUGCUUAACACGAAAGCUUGUAGAGCGCCCAAAACAAAAGCUUUACCAAUCAUGAAAGCUCUACCCCGCGAACUCAUGAAAGAUCUCCCAGAAGCUGCGCCUUAUGAGGCAAUGGCAGAAAUAGAAGUUUUGCGGCAACCAAUUGUGGAAAAUCGCCAGCUUGCCGCACCUGUUGAAAUGGUAUUUUCAAUGAAGGAUCUGUCGAAAACAGAGGAUGUGUCGUUUUCUGAUAAGAGAUUUUCGUCGUUAAAGAAAGAUCCAACCAAAAAGAAAGAGCCAACCAAAAAGAAAGAUCCAACCAAAAAGAAAGAUCCGCCAAAAACGAAAGUCUCAACUAAAAAAAAAGGUCUAGCAAUAGAAUGUCCGCCUGAAAUAAAGUUUGUGCAUACGCCAGUCUAUGCAACUCUCGCAGAAUACAUAAGUGAACGUGGGCAUCCGCAAUCGCUGUGCAUCUACCACAAUGCAAUCUGGGAUAGACAACCAAGGUCGAAGCCACAAAUGGCAGAGUGGCUGAUAUCAAUCUCCAGUAUUCCUGGAUCUCGAUCUUUGCAUCAGAGAGAGCUUUUUUACUGGUUAUAUAAAGCACCAGAGAACAAAGGUCAAACGACUGUAAUAAAUCGCAAUUGCAAGGUCGUCAAGAAUGCAACGCCCUUUGGGAGAUAUUUCUCUAUGUGUGACGUUGAGGACAAAGGGGUGCACUCGCACAAACCGACACCGACGCCAAAGCUACUCGCGCCACUUACGCCUGAGGAUCUAGGUCAGCUACGAAUGGAACCACACAGUCAGUCCUAUUUAAAGGAUACCCUCCCCAGGAUCGGGAAUACAUCCUCUAGGUAUUUUACGCCAGAUCAAGCUCAAGUGUGCACAAAAGGCAUAUUGCUUGGUAUACUUCUCAUCGUGAAGCAAUCGCAAAAGCUUUCUAUCACAACCUUGGGUAUGAAAGUCUAAGGGAUAUCAAGACUUUUUCCUGUCUCCAGGACAGAAAGUAUGACCCGCACAUACUCUUACGCGUGUCAAAUGUCCUAGCUAUGGACAUUGAAAGUGUGUCAUCCAGAGGCCGAUGGAUCCUGCACCAUACCUGUUCCGAAACAGCUAACCCAUCCACUGUUCUUUCACUUAUAAGGAUGUUCUCCGCAUGGGGGCACUUAAAGUGAAUGUGGGUUUUCCUUCCUAUGAUGGCCUGUUCACGUCAAUGGACCCUUUUAAUGGUCUGAAAGGGUUUCCAAGGACAGAGUUCGAGCUUUUCAUGAUAAUAAGAUACUCGUCAACAUUGAAUGGAGGGUGAUUACUCGAAUAUUGCUAAGUGUGGAUAUACCACAAUCAUAGUCGUUACUGUGCUGUAUGCUCCUAUUUGCUAUAGAGAGUUGACACAUGAGGCCGGCCCAUGG